CCCCUGUUUGUCUGGCGCAAGAAAUGGGUGCAGCAGACAGAGCCCUCAUACACACACACCAGCGACCAUGAUCGUGCGGGAGAGCCCCAAGGCCAGGGGCGCGUCCUCCAAUUCCCCGCAUGCAGAUCCUCACUGACAGCUGCAGUCACGAACAAUCCUCCCAACUGGCCGCCCAAGUCCCCCUACGAAGCGCUGCUCAGUUCACCGUCCGGCCGUCGCAGAACGCACGAAAAGCUGAACCUGAGAGCCGCGCCAUACCGUCACGCCCGGGUACCGCAGCAGGACUGCGCAGAACCGAGCUGCCACGACCAGAUGCAGAUGUACAGGUGUCUGUCUCGCCCAUACGAGCCCGGCGCAACGUAGAGGAACCACGAAGCCCUGCACGAGUCCUACUCGGGAUCGACAAGGGUCUCAAGGCGUCUGAAGUCAGCCUCAAGCGUCCUGGCCAGGUUCGAGCAACGACUGGUCUUGCGCGCGCCAACACGACCAGUGCAGCAGGGACGCCCAAGAUCAAAUCGUUCAGUGAGCGCAUUGCGGAAAGCAGGAGCAAAGAGAAACAGCGCGAGGAAAAUGAACACAAGCAUGAGGAGAGAAGAACGAGAGGGUUCGGUCUGAGCAACAUCGCAGGUCUCAAAAGAGAACGGCCGACAUCAUCACGAGGCUCUUCGUUCACUUCAGCUACUUCGGAAACCCGGAGCUCUUUCACAGAUAUGCCACAGAUCCGUAGUUCGUUCGCGGACAUGCCACCACCAGGGUCUAAGACACACAGCAGGGUGCACAGCCGGCUGCUAAGUUCACAAGAAAAUCCACCCACGCCACGCCGAGGUUCAGUCCCUGAUGCACUACCGCCAUCAUCUGCAUCCAGACCGUCGUCAAGAGGCUUCCAAGCAGCAGCAACUACCUCCAGCUUUUCCAAGUACGAAGAAAUUGUGCAGCGCAAUGACAGCUUUGAUGCUCCCAGCUUCGAGUCGUUAUCUGGAUUGCAUCUGAAGUCGCGCGAAAUGCAGCACAGCACCGUUACCCGCACACUGGAAGGCAAGACCGUGUUCACAAUACCGCAGCUACUGAAGACCGUCAAAGCACCAGACUACGACCCGCCAGACUGGGAGAACGACUACGUUGUAAUGGGCGUGAUCUGCUCGAAGUCUUCACCGCGCGACACUCAGAACUCCGCUCGAGACAAUUCCAGGGGCAAUCAAGAACGUAAAGAGCAUGGCAAGUUUAUGGUCAUACGGCUGACGGACAUGAAAUGGGAGCUCGACCUGUUUCUGUUUGACAGCGGCUAUGAACACUUCUGGAAGCUGCCUAUUGGCACGCUGGUCGCCAUCCUUAACCCAGAUAUCAUGCCACCGAAGGAUCGUAACAGUGGGAAAUUCUCCCUGAAGCUUACAAAUUCCGACGAUACCGUACUCGAGAUUGGCGUUGCAAGGGACCUAGAUUUCUGCCACGCAAAGAAAAAGGACGGCAAGGAAUGCGGGCAGUGGGUCGAUGGACGGAAGACCGAGUUCUGCGAGUUUCAUCUGUCAUUGCAAGUCGAGAAAAGCAAGAGAGGCCGCAUGGAAAUCAACGGUAUGGUUGGCUCAGGUGGUGGUGGUGGUGGCGGCGUCAUGUUUGGCCGAAGAGGUCCGAAUGGCUUCAAGGGCGAUGCGCUCCGCAAAGAAGGCAAAUACCACGACAGCUACCUGCAUGAGACCAUGUUUAUCGCACCGAGACCUGGAGGUACUGCGCGUAUGCUCGACCGAGACGAACAAGGCUUUGAGCGCGGUGGUAGUCGAGAAGAGCGCCAUCGCAGACAGCUUGCUGCAAAAGAGAAGGAGCGAGAUCUCGCUAAGAAAUUGGGCGAAAUGGGAGAAGGUACCACAGGCGGCGACUAUCUGAAGCGCAGGACCGAUCCCUCUGCAACUCUGUCAACCACAACGUCUCAAGAGCUAGCGAACGCACGGCAAGAAAAGGCUACAGAGAGCGACUUUCGUGGACUUCUCAACCGAAAGGCAGCAGAUGUCUCCUUGAAUCGAAAAGCAAGCGGCUCUCUCAUACCGUCGAAGCGGAAACACUCGAAUGCAAGCAAGGCGACUGCUGCCAGCGCCAGCGAACCCGCUCGCCCUCUCUCGCCAAGUAAAAGCCGCCCCGACUCUGCUAUGCGUGGAACACGGGCGGGCAGCCCGGCGAAGAAGAAAGCACGUCUGUUGCUACCCGAGAAAGGCAUACGCGAGCCUGGCCGUGAGAGUCUUGGAGGCCUUGAUAUUGGACUCAUUGCAGCCAUGGACGACGACGAUGAUGACGAUUUGGAAGUUACGUACUUCACGAUGGCUUCGACAUCCUCAGUCUCGGACGCACCGAUCCAUGCACUCAUCAACUACGAAGACCGCUACGUCCAACCCCUCAUCCUGUCCGCACUCGAAAAGCGCCUUCCCACAACCUCAUACAAGCUCGUCCAAUCCCUCCAGGACUCCCCUUCCCCAUCAACACCAUGUCUUCAAUUUGUGCAAUACGAGUCCAUCGACUGGGACCACUUAAUGUCAAACUCGUCCACCUCUCUGGCCAACGCAUACAUCAUCCGUAAAGCACUGAUCCGGAAACACUACCUCAGCACCACCAUCGCAAACUGGAUCACAAAAUACCCUGACAGUGUGCUCAAGCGGGGUGCGAAGCCGAGCGUCGAGUUUGAAGUCGAUUAUGCGGAGUUCUUGGAUGAUGCGCUAGUUGAGGCGUGGGAGCUGAAGGAGAGUUGGGCGCGCAAUGAGCAGUAUGGGGAGGAUGAGAAGGAGAAGAGGGAGUGGUGGAUUUUAAAGCCGGGAAUGAGUGAUCGUGGGCAGGGUAUCAGAUUGUUCUCGUCGGAAGAGGAGUUGACGGCGAUCUUCGAGGAGUGGGAUCCUGACAGUGAUGAGGACGAGGAAGAUGCGAGGAGUGAUGCAGAGAGAGAUGAGGAGAAAGAUGGGGACAAUGGCAUCAUUACAAGUCAGCUGAGACAUUUCGUCGCGCAGCCGUACAUCCACCCACCGCUCCUCCUUGCUCCGCCAAGCGAACCGACACAGCUGAGGAAGUUCCACAUCAGGACCUACGUCCUUGCAACCGGCGCACUGCAAGUCUUUGUCUACAAGCCCAUGCUCGCCCUCUUCGCAGCACGCCCAUACUCACCGCCAUGGUCAUCCGACUUCGAGUCCGAAGAAGAGCGGGAAGACUCCAUGCGCGCACACCUCACAAACACCUGUCUCCAAUCCACAGGCGACCGCGAAGGCUCAGUCGGCCUCUUCUGGAGUCUACCCGACUCCAUCACCUCCCAGCCCGACACCAAGACCAACGCACCACAAGACUGGAAAUCGCAAAUCUUCGCCCAGAUCAAGGAUAUUACAGGCGCAACCUUUGAGGCUGCAGCGAGGGGCAUGAGUAUACAUUUCCAGCCGCUGCCCAAUGCAUUUGAGAUCUUUGGGCUGGAUUUCAUGGUGGGGAUUGAGGAGGAUGGGAGUCUGAAUACGUAUUUGCUGGAGGUUAAUGCGUUUCCGGAUUUCAGGCAGACGGGCGAUGAGUUGAGUGGGAUGAUUGAGGGGUUGUUUGAGGGGGUUGUUGAUGAGGCUGUCCUGCCGUUCUUCGGGGUGGAGAAAGAGGGCAAAGAGGAUGGAAAGAUGGUUAAGGUGUUGGAUAUCGAUCUCGGGAGGCGUUAGUACGUUGAAUCAAGAGUUGG